GCGACCGCCACAGCAGUCGCGCCGCACUACCAGCGUACCGCCACCAGUAGUAACGCCGUCUCCGGUCGGGACGCUUAACGUUUAGCCAGCGCGUGCUUGUCCGAUUGUGGUGUGUCUGCGUCGCGUGCGAUCUCCGGUAUGACAGUGGUAUCGUGAGGUAGGUAACCUGUAGUCCAUCGUCCGCCGGUGGGGAAAUCGUCAAAAAUCUCCGUCGUGGUUGUGCUCAACACAGAGUAAUUAUGCGGUUGAAUUUAAAUAGUACCGAAGAAUCGGAUAUAAAAGAGGAAUGCUUGGACGGAAUCAAAGCAAAGACGGGAUUAGUACGAGUGAACGAUUCCAAUCGAGGUUCGUUAACCGUACGGUUGGUGUUGACACUGGAAUGUCUGAAACUCCAGAAACAAGAAGUAGUCGACAACCAUCAUUCGUCGUCGUCGUCAUCGUCCGAGGAUACCGUCGACAACUAUCAGCCUAGUCCCAACUAUUAUUUGAGAUAUGUGACAGUGGCAAGAAAAAACGGUAGCCUCGGAAUAAGCGUCAAAGGUGGUCAAGAGAACAGUUUGCCGAUAUUGAUAUCGAGAAUUCCCGAAGGAGGAGCCGCUUACCACACAAAAAGGUUAUUCGUAGGAGAUGCUAUAAUAAAAGUGAACGACCAGUUGAUCACAAAUGCUUGCCACGAUGCAGCUUUACACAUUUUGCGAAAUUCUGGAAAUCACGUUACAUUAUUGGUCAAACACUACAAAGCUGCAGCGCCUUUUUUACUCGGAGGAAGAGGGAACGGUAGUAAAAACAACAACAAUAAUGGAGAAAGUGACACAGAAGACGGACCAUGGAUGGAUUAUCUUAUAAUACCGUUGAUGAUGGGUUAUGUAACCAGAUACGUGCAGGGUACGGACAAACUGCGGCGAAACGGUUUCGAAGUGCAUGGCAUGAACGAUCUGAAUUCUACUAUCAUACAUUGCGAUAAUGUCAAAAGUUUGUCCGAAUGGGUCAAACUUAUUUCAGAAAACAUCGCAAAUCUCUCAGAAAUACAAAUUAAGCUCUACAAUUUAAAUUUUGGUAUCAACGAGAAAAUCGAGUACAUGGGAUGGGUAAACGAGGGUGUGCUGAACAAUAACCACCCUUGGCAAAGUUACUGUGCAAGGUUCAUGAUAAUCAGAGGUCGUGACGUAUUGCUUUUCGAUACUCCUCCGAUGUCCAUUACGGAAUGGUUGGACUGCGGCGUGGUGUACAAACUGUACGAGUCCAUGUUGAGACUAGUGAAGGAUGCAGAAAACGUGGACCAGAGGCAAAAUUGUUUUUUACUACAGACAUCUAACGGGGUGUCCCGGUACUUUUCAAUGGAAACCAAACAGGGUCUACUGGACGUGCAGUGCGCCUGGCACAGGUCGAUAUGCACGUCCAUGAUGCACAUCAAAAGCAGAACGUUCUACGUAUUAUUUGGCAACAACCAACAGCCGUCAAACUUAAUACUGGAUUGGGACAACGGGUUCACAUUAUACGACAACUGGACGAAUUCGAACGUUUGGACGUACAAGUUUUCCGAGCUCCGUGGAUCCUCAGACGAUCACAUUUCCCGGCUAAAGCUUCACUUCAACGACAACGGCUGUAUCGAAACGAAGGAAUUGGUAUGCCAAGACCUACAGAGUUUGCUGUUCUGCGUGCAUGCGUUCCUGACCGCCAAAGUGGUGUCCGUAGACCCUUCGUACUUGAACAUCGAAGGGAUUCAACAGCUGUAAGACACCGCUGCGCUUAACCAAUAAUGUUGUGUAUACUAUAAUAUAUAUAAUAUUAUAAAAUUUAUAAUACUGUGUAUAAGAAUGUUGCCGAUUUACACGCGAUUCGAACACAAUACAUAGACUCAGUUAUAGACGAUUGUGCAUAUUAGUAUACUAUUUUACUAUUAAUAUGGUUGUUUAUAAAAUACUCGUAUAGUCAAUAAUAUCAUAAUAAUGUAUAUUAGGAAACGUCAUAAUAUAAUUGGAUUACAUGUUAGCAUUUCAGGCCGUCACCGCGUGCUAAUAACUGUAACGGUCUUAUUAUAUAAAAUACUUCCUAUUUCGAUUCUCGAUAGGCUUAUAGGUAUAUUGUAUGUUUGACUUCUAAAAUGUCAAUCUCGUCCGUUGUGUAAGUACCUAUCUACCACCGCUACGACAAUUAAUUCUGCAUUUAUAAUAGUACCUAUAGAGUUUGUGCUUAAGUCGUAUUCGAGCGAGAUCAGACACAUUGUUAUUAUUUUGGCCCAAAGGUCUUGGAAGAGGCCCAAACUUCGACCUACGCCUCAUGUUGUACCUAAGCCCAUUGACGUAAUGAGGGUUGAAAUUCUGAGGGAGGCGUGGAGACUACAGCUCCCACAAAAGCGGCAAAGAUAUUAACUUAAAAUAAGCAUUAGGGAUUCACAUUUCACCUCCACGGCUCCACCCCCUACAAUCCAUCAGAAAUUUUAUAUUCUGCGCAAAGAAAAAAUGUAUUGGUUUUAUAACAAUGCGGGUUUUUUUAUGUACCUAUGUGACGAUAAUGGGACACUAUUGUAGAAUUGUGAGCCAAGUAAGCCAAUUUUACAAAAUAUGGUCUACCUGCCCAAAAUUCUAUAAAUCAACAACUACCUAUUAUAUCAAACCAGUUUUUUUUUAUAUUAAUUAUUAAUACAAAAUGAAUACCUACUUUUUACAUGAGCAUAAUAAAAAAAAAAAAACUAUUUCAUCGUAAAAUAUUGGGGGGGGGGGAGGUUGCUAAAUCUUAGUCAAGCUUACUUCCCUGGCGCUCCCUAAGUAGCACCACGUGGCUAGGCCUUCAAUGUUGAGCGUAUAUAUAAUAUAACAAUUACCAAAUUAAUAAUAAUAACACAUUGAUCUUGUAGAGGCUGCAAUAAAAAAUUAACACAGGGUAGAUAACGAAGAAAUUUCAAUUGGGAGUGAAUAUAAUUCUAUACGUCUCUUGUAGAAUAAUGAUAAAUUAAUAUAUUAUUAGUCACCUAUUACUAUUGUUCUAUGUUAUCACCAUAAUAUUGAGCAUCGAUUUUGUUAGAAAUUAUAAUAGCAUGAUAUAGGUAUGUACCUAUACAUUUUUUUUUAUCAACAAUUCGAGUUUUGAUUGUUAAUUAGUUUGUUGUGAUUAAUGAGUAAUCGUUUUUAAUUUUUAUACAUAUUUUAACGUCUCAUUCAGAUGACGUAUAUUAUCAAAUUGUAAACAUUAUAGGUAAUAAAAUAUUAGGUAUAUUAUAAUAAAAUAUAUAUUAUAUAUAUUAUACAGGCUGUCUAUAUUGAGUUGGGAAAUUUACAAAUUGUAUAAACUAUGUAUGGCAUCUCCAAACUCUUGAGAUACACUGUACUCAUAGGCGUGCGCAGACAUUUGUGGCAGGGUGGGCCAAGUCAAUAAAGAUUGAGAAACCUGAACACUGAUGGAAGAAACAAUUAUACUUUAAUUUACCUACUCGUAAUCACCCACUACUUAAGGCACAAAUCAUUAAUAUGAUAAAAAACAGAUACCUACAUAUUUUUUAAAAAUGAAAUAAGAAAUAUUUUAAUUGUCAACACGGUUUAAAAUUUUAAAUAAAUACAAUUUCACAAUCUGUAAUGGUAAUAUGUUAUCAAUUUUACUUUUAAAGACAUUUAAUUUAUUAUCAUUGAUUAUCAAUGUUAUUUUUCACCUACUUAAUGUUCUAUGAUUUAAAAAAAUUAAAAAUUGUGAUGUUUAAAUCAUGUAUUACUAUGUAUACAAAUUUCGGUACGUCUCGCAGGGUGAGCCACGGCCCACCCGGCCUCCCCUGUGCGCACGCUUAUGACUGUACUUAUACAACUAUACGAAUAUAAUAAGAUUUAAGCUUAAAAAACAAACGCACCUACCAAAUAAUAGUAGGUAACAUCUCCAAAUUCCAAUGUAUUUGUAAAGACUAUUAUACAUAAUUAUUAUAUUUGUGUUUUGUACGCGCAGACGCCGUUGUUACUGGAAAACUAUAAUAAUGUACCUACCUAAUUAACAUUAUUUAUUAUUAAUUAUCAUUGUUAGAUCAUUUUUAAUUUAAGAUUAUUUUUCUGUGUUACUAUGUUAUAUGUAGAAACCCACAAAAACAUUAAAAACAUAAUUAAUACUUUCCUGUUUAGAAACUAUUAGUUUCUUUGGUGAAUAAUUAAGGUUGUGAAGUUUAAAAGUUUUAUAGUACCUAAUAAAGUAUAAGUACCUACAUCUAUAUAUAUUUUUCAACUAAUACAUUUUUUCAUUACUCACACAUGUCAUGUUGUACCGUACUAUUUGUAUUAUAAUCAGUUGUAAAAUAAGUAUGCAAAAUACAAACAAUUAUUACUAAC